AGAGGUCUAUGGAAACAUUCGACCAUAACCUCUGCCUUAAGAGAUUAUUUUAUUAAGAAUAAAUGCAGACUAACUCCACAACUGAAUAAAAAGAACAGUUAGUUCUUGAAUUCAACUCUUGUCUGUUCUAAGACAGCCCGAAGAUGCCGAAGACUUCCGCAGCAACGAAGCGACCUCGCAAAGAGGGCUUCAACCGCUCAGGGCACAGCAUGAACCCCGAGCGUCCCACCGAGGGCCUAAAAGGCGUCGCCAAGGUACGUACAAAAGCCACCAUAAAGCGCCUCCAGAUGUACCGAUGCUCCAAAGCGAAGCGCGACAAAACGGGUAAAAUCCUGACCCCAGCGCCCUUCCAAGGCUGGCACCCAUCAGGAACAAUGUCCCGAGUCGAGCCCUCCCAGCGAUGGUUCGGAAAUUCCCGGGUGAUCUCGCAAAACGCUCUCCAGAAAUUUCAGAGCGAACUGGGAGCAGCCAUGAAGAACCCUUACCAAGUGGUGAUGAAGCCCACCCAACUUCCUGUCACUCUCCUAGAGCAGAAAGCUGUUCAGGCGAGGGCUCACCUCCUCGACACAGAGAGUUUUGAGACGACUUUCGGCCCCAAAAGGCACCGAAAGCGUCCAAACCUGACUGUCUCCUCCUACGACGAGCUGCAGAAGACAAUCGACGAGAGGGAGGAGACCUACAACAAAGUUAAAGACACAAAAGACACCGAUUUGAUUCGCCCUGACGAAGGGGUUAAGGACGCAGCUCGUGAUUGGGUCAUGGCAGCUGGCCAGAGCAAGAGGAUCUGGAAUGAGCUCUACAAAGUCAUCGACUCAUCAGACGUCAUUCUCCAGAUCCUCGACGCCAGGGACCCAAUGGGUACGCGUUCACCACCCGUUGAGAAGUACCUCAAACAGGAAAAGGCCCACAAACACCUGAUAUUCAUUCUCAACAAAGUAGAUCUUGUCCCGACGUGGGUGACUCAGCGAUGGGUAGCCAUUCUGAGUCGUGAGUAUCCCACAGUAGCUUUCCACGCUUCUCUGACCCAUCCCUUCGGCAAAGGAUCGCUGAUCAAUCUUCUCAGGCAAUUUGGCAAGCUUCAUACUGACAAGAAACAGAUCAGUGUGGGCUUUAUUGGGUAUCCCAACACUGGAAAGAGCUCGAUCAUCAAUACUCUGAGGUCUAAGAAGGUGUGCAAGGUGGCACCGAUUGCGGGGGAGACCAAGGUCUGGCAGUAUAUAACUCUUAUGAAGCGUAUUUAUCUGAUUGAUUGCCCUGGGGUUGUCUAUCCGUCAGCUGAAACUGACACUGAGAAGGUUUUGAAGGGCGUGGUGCGUGUGGAACUUGUACAAAAUCCUGAGGACUAUGUGGAAGCUGUUCUUCAACGUGUCAAGGCUGAGUACGUGAGGAAGACUUAUAAGGUUGAGGAUUGGGGGGAUCAUGUGGAUUUUCUGGAGAAACUCGCUAGGAGAAGUGGGAAAUUGUUGAAGAAGGGCGAGCCGGAUACUGGGGCCGUUGCCCGCAUGGUUUUGAAUGAUUGGCAACGUGGCAAGUUGCCGUUCUUCGUUGCACCAGUGGGAUAUGAAGCGCCUCUUUCUUGUCAGGGCACGGACGUUGAGGCGGAGACGAGACAGACAGAGACACUUGAUGCGGGGGAAGUUGAGAUGACGAGGGAGAUUAGUGGAGAGAGUGAGAAACGCAUUGGUGUUGUACAGGACUUUAGGAAAAUUCGGGUUGCUUUGAGCUAUACUGGGGAUGAUGUGAAGAAAUUGGAUCCUAUUGAUUUGGGGGGUGGUGAUAAGGGGGAUGAUGAGGAGGAGGAUGAGGGGGAGGAGAGUGUAGAGAAUUCUGUUGAGUCCAUUUCGGAGGACAAGAGUGAGGCUGGUCAAACUGAAAAUGGGGGUGAUCAUUGCGAGGAGGAAGUUCAGGGGGAAGUUAGAGAUAAUUUGAUGCAGAGUGUGUAUGACGCACUGCCGGAGGAGGAUUACUCGUCCUCGGACGAUGAGAAAUCAACGAGAAAGACAAUCACAUCUACUAGUGGUUCGUUCCAAGUUUCGCCGGCAAUUUCCGAGAAACUUAAGGGCAAAAAUUUGACGAGCAAACAGAAACGGAGCAUUGAACGCGCGAGUAAGCGGAAGAAGAUUGGCUCUAAUUUCUAUGAAGUUUCUAAUGUUAAAAAUCGUAAUCGUAAUAGGAAGGUAUUGAAGGUUAAGAGGAUUUAGAAUUGUUCUGGUACAGAGUAAAUAAACAAUAGGAGGAAUUAUCACAAAA